AUGCGGCGCGUUGUCGUGACGGGUCUUGGGGCGGUAACACCGCUAGGCGUUGGAGCUCGACGUACCUGGAAACGCUUGCUAGAUGGCCAUUGCGGUGUUGUCAACGUGAAAGAUCGCGAUGAGCGCUUCGCUGAGCAGCCUUGUCAAGUAGCUGCUGUGGUACCACAGGGUAGUCGUGAGGACGGAGGUUGGACAGCUUCGCAAUGGCUGGAACGUGGUGAGGAGCGUAAAAUGGCCAAAUUCGCUCAGUAUGCCAUGGCUGCCACAGAAGAGGCACUUCAAGAUGCAAACUGGAAGCCUGAGCCUUUUGAGCAGAGAGAAGUAACGGGUGUCUGCCUUGGUUCUGGCAUCGGCAACUUCGAUGAAAUGUACAACACAGUUGUUGCAUAUGAGAAAGGAGGCUACAAGAAAGUGAACCCACUCUUUGUGCCUAAGCUGCUGAUCAACCUCGGCGCUGGCCAUAUCUCUAUGAAAUAUAGAUUCAUGGGCCCGAAUCAUGCCGUUACCACGGCUUGCACAACCGGAGCUCAUUCCAUCGGCGACGCAGCUAGGUUCAUUGCCUGUGGUGACGCUGAUGUGAUGGUCGCUGGUGGCGCCGAGUCUUGUAUCCACCCUUUGGCCAUCGGUGGAUUUGCUCGUGCGAGAAGUCUCGCCACGGCCUUCAACGAUACCCCCGAAACUGCGUCACGGCCCUUUGACGCUGAUCGCGGGGGUUUUGUUGUCGGUGAGGGUGCUGCUGUGUUGAUUCUGGAGGAGUUAGAACAUGCCCUUGAAAGAGGAGCUAAGAUAUAUGCAGAGCUUAAAGGCUAUGGCUGCUCCGGUGAUGCACACCACAUGACAUCGCCCAAGGAGAAUGGCGAAGGCGCAUACAUGGCCAUGAAAAAGGCACUUAAGCAGGCUCAGCUCCGCCCUGCUGCCGUGGACUAUGUUAAUGCACACGCUACUUCAACAAUUGUUGGCGAUGCCGCGGAGAAUGCUGCUAUCAAGGCUCUUUUACUUGGCUCCGAGGGCAGAGAGAAAGCGGCCGAUGUCAAUGUCAGUAGCACCAAGGGUGCACUCGGCCAUCUUCUUGGUGGAGCUGGUGCUAUUGAAGCUCUAAUCUCCGUGCUUGCCAUUCAUGAAAACACCAUGCCACCCACCAUCAAUCUAGACCGACUGGCCAAUGGAUUUGACUGCAACUAUGCUGCAAAGGAACCACAAUCAAGGCAGAUUGAUGUGGCUUUGACGAAUAGCUUUGGAUUCGGUGGCACAAAUAGCAGCCUGUGCUUUGCGAAGUAUUAA